AUGGAGAAUUCCUACGGGUGGCAGUGUCGUCACGAGGAAGGGCAUCAAGGAAAACUCAGAAACGUGAAGUCUCAAGAAAUUAAGAGUGGUGAACAACAAAAGAACAAAGGUCCACCUCGGACGAACGAUCGCAACGCGGAACGGCCGCCGCCGAGGCGCCGCGAGGAGCGUCCCCAGAAUGGAGCCGUCGAAGGUAAGGAGGGCGCGCGACCUCCCCGCAGGGAAUUCGGUGACCGAAGGCCUAACUUUGAGCGACGUAACUUCAACGAUAACUCUGAAGGAGGAGAACGUCGCGGUCCGAGGCCCCCACGUGAGCCGCGUGAAGGACAACGUGGUCCGCGACCGGGCUUCGACGGCCGAGGCAAGCGUGAGUUUGACAGAAGGUCGGGCUCUGACAAAACUGGCGUUAAACCGGUGGACAAGCGCGAGGGCGCCGGGCCUCACAAACUGGGGAACUAUAAGGGGGACGAUAUCGACGAACUGAACAAAACCGGAUCCGAAGGUGAAGUGGCCGAGGAGAAGGCGCCGGGACGCGGACCGGCGCUGGCGACGGUCAGCAGUCGGAGCCCGAGCGAGCUCCGCGCCGCCGAGGAGGAGCCCCGCGAGCUCACCCUGGACGAGUACAAGGCGCUCCGUAACGCUCAACGCAUGGCUCCACAGUACAAAACCUGCGGAAGGCCGGGCGAGGGGGAGGAUCUUAGCCAGUGGAAGAAUCUGGUUCUGCUGGAGAAGAAGAAGGAGGGGGGCGAGGAGGACGACAGCGACGAGGAGUACGACAUCGCGGACUACCCGCAGCGGGUGGGCCGGCAGAAGCGGGUGCUGGGCAUCGAGUUCACGUUCAACGACACGGCGCGGCCGCGGGGGGCACCGGCGGCCGCGGGCGAGGACGCGGGCGCGGGCGUGGGGGCCGCGGCGGAGCACCGGGGGCCGGCGCGCCGCGCGAGGAGGCUGCGCCCGAGGAGCGGCCGGCGCCCAGGAGCCAGGUCGCCCCCCGCCCAAGGUGGACGACAGCAAGGAUUUCCCUUCACUCAGCUAGACUCGCAGUGA